CCGGCCUCCUCUCUCCUGAUUGAUCUCGAUUCUCGAUUACCCAUUCUUCAGAUUGAAGAUCCCAGAAAUUAUAUUGAAGAAAAAUGUCAUCUUCAUUCACCGGCGAUGAAACAGCUCCCUUCUUUGGCUUCCUCGGAGCCGCAGCAGCUCUAGUCUUCUCCUGCAUGGGAGCUGCAUAUGGAACGGCCAAGAGCGGUGUUGGUGUAGCCUCAAUGGGUGUAAUGAGGCCGGAGUUGGUGAUGAAGUCGAUUGUACCGGUUGUCAUGGCCGGAGUUUUGGGUAUUUACGGUUUGAUUAUUGCUGUGAUUAUCAGUACUGGAAUUAACCCAAAGGCCAAACCUUAUUACCUCUUCGAUGGUUAUGCCCAUCUCUCGUCUGGACUAGCUUGUGGUCUUGCCGGUCUUGCUGCUGGAAUGGCUAUUGGGAUUGUUGGCGAUGCUGGUGUCAGAGCUAAUGCACAACAGCCAAAACUUUUCGUUGGGAUGAUUCUGAUUCUCAUCUUUGCUGAAGCAUUGGCAUUGUAUGGCCUCAUUGUUGGUAUUAUCCUUUCAUCUCGAGCUGGCCAAUCUCGAGCAGAAUAAGAAACCAUGAACAGAACACGGAUCAACUACCUUUCGUGGUGGUGGUGGUGAUAAAGUAAUUGUUUUUUUCUUCAAUUUAUUCAUGACUUUCUGGUUGAUUGUAAUGCAAAAGAGUGUGUAUCAGAGGAUCAUUUUUCAGUUUCAGUUCAACUUUGAUUGGCAAAUUGUAUCCUUUGGGAUUAAUAAUUUCAAAAAAACUGCAUUUGGAGCUGUUUUCAGAUA